AUGGUGCAUACUUAUGGUUUUGUUCCAAAUAACUUACCUGCCUAUGCAGGGAGGCCUCUCUUCUUUGAAGGGGUGCAGCCUGAUGACCCAUUGUCUCGGCAGAAACAGGCGCUGUUUGAAGCGCUUGGUGCCGACCCUGCUGUGCUGGAGGGCUUCUGGCAUGAGCUGCGUCCAGUGGGAAGUCAAUGCCGUUCGAUGGCGCCCAAAUUGAGAUUGGCCCAGCUCAGCAAAGAGGACGGUCCAUUGGCCGAAGCCUUGGGAGCCUGGAAAGCUGAACCCAAAACCACGUACCAAGCGCUGCAGCAACCCAUCAGCGCUGAAAACGAGGAAAAGGUGAAGCAACAGAUCAUUAGCGCCGUGACGGCGGCCUUGGAAGAGCUGCCAAAGGAAGAGGAACUGAAAGCGAAGGCCUCCAGCUCCAAACAGGAGCCUCACGAGAUCCAUCAGACCCUGGCAGCCAAAGUGCUGUUGGGCGAGCGUUUGGCCUUGGAGACCUGCCUGGACCAGUGGAGCUAA